CUGUUAUGCGCCACAUCUCUGUACUGGGACCGAUCUGCCAGUCACGUCGCGCCGCGUGCUGCUUCUCUGGAAUUCCGAGUGCGCAAAACUUAAUCGGCCCUGAUGCGUGCACGUUACAGUGAUUACACAAUGCCGCUGCUUGAGGUAGGAUGAACCCGCUGCUUCCGGGCGCCACUCCUCCGUACGUCAUCAACGGGGCAGCUUCGAACGGCGCAUGGUUCAACAAAAACGCGCUGCAUGAUUCAACAAAACCUCGCUGCAUGGCUCUCUGGGUCGACUACCGCCCCGAUCACAGCUCAUCGCCCGCCGCCAUGUCGCUGAACCCGGAGCCCGCUUCGCCUGAGGAGCGCGAGGCGCGUAAUCUGCCGCCCAAGACGUUCGCAGACGCGGCGCAGGAAGCGCUCGAGCCGCAAUCACAUGCGAAUGGCACCAAAGGCGCUGCUGAGAGCAACAACAAGGCGCCGCACGAUGACGGCAAGACGAACGGACCCAAGGCCACCACCGGCGUCAGGGUCCUCAAGAUCGUCGACACGGGCGCAGACGCACACGACGACGACAGGAAGCCAGCGAGCGAGUCGACGGCGGACUCGACCAAGGACUCGUCGUCGAUCAAGGACCAGGAGUCGUACGAAGGCACCGGCAUUGACGACACGCCCAAGAGCCCAAAGGGCAAAACGCACCGCAGGAAGGGCUCCCGCAGCUCGCUCGGCUCGGUGGGGCGUACAUACGGCGUGUCCGUCAAGAACGACCUGAAGCAAGCCGCCUCAGAUGCUGCAGACGAGGCCAAGAAGGCUGCCGAUGGACUCGACGGCACACGCGAGACGGCCGACAAGGAGACGCAGGGACGGCUGGACGACAUAUUUCUGCAGGAGAAGCCUCGUCUCACCAACGGCGAUACACUGACGACGGUCAAGGCAUCGCAGGAGGUGCAGAAGGGCGGCCGCACCGACAGGCCAAUGAAGCGCCGCAACUCGGAGCUCAAGGCAGGCCGGCAGGCAGGCGCUGGAUGGGCAAAGAGCAAAAUACGAUUUGCACCCAUGAAUGUCCCCCUGCAGCGCCGACUCCAGACGUGCGCUGUGCUCAUGCACACGCUGAGCAUCGUCGGCUCCCUCGCCAUCUUCUUCUUCCUCUGCAGCGUACCCCUGCUCUGGCCCAUCCUGUUGCCCUACACCGUCUACGUCCUAUUCUCCAACGCCGGCACCUCUGGAGAGCUGUCGUUCCGCAGCGAGCGCCUGAGGCGGCUUAAGGUCUGGUCGCUCUUCGCCUCGUACUUCCCCGCCCGUCUGCACCGUUCGCAGGAGCUGGAGCCUACUAGGAAGUACAUCUUCGGCUACCACCCGCACGGUAUCAUCUCCCAUGGCGCCUUUGCUGCCUUUGCGACCGAGGCGCUUGGAUUUUCUCAGCUGUUCCCGGGCAUCACCAACGCACUGCUGACGCUCGACUCCAACUUUCGCUACCCCAUCUACCGCGAGUAUGCCCUGCGUCUCGGUAUGGCUUCAGUCUCGCGUGAGUCCUGCGAGAACAUCCUGUCAAAGGGUGGCCACAACGGCGAAGGCAUGGGCCGCGCCAUCACCAUUGUCGUUGGCGGCGCCCGCGAAUCGCUCGAUGCCCGCCCUGGCGUCGUCCGUCUCGUCCUCCGUCGUCGCAAGGGCUUCGUCAAGAUGGCCAUCCGCACCGGCGCCGACCUUGUGCCCGUCCUCGCAUUCGGCGAAAAUGAUAUCUACGACCAGGUCGAUAGCGAAUCGCACCCGCUGCUUCACAAGUUCCAGAUGCUCGUGAAGAAGGUCAUGGGCUUCACCGUGCCCAUCUUCCACGCUCGUGGCAUCUUCAACUACGACGUUGGCAUGAUGCCGUACCGCAGGCCCAUCAACAUCGUGGUUGGCAAGCCGAUCCGCGUCGUUCAGGACAAGCACCCUCGUGCCGAGUAUAUGGACGAGGUGCACGAGAAGUACAUUGAGGAGCUGAUGCGGCUGUGGCAUGAGCAUAAGGAUACUUUCGCUAAGCAGAGGACGGCCGAGUUGGAGAUUGUCGAGUAGUGGAUGCCGGUGGUGGGGGAGUUUUUUUCUGUAUGAGUAUACCACGGCACGACCAUGCCCUUUGUUCGUCUAUAAGACUGCUGCGCCAUGAUGGAAUGAUGGUACACAUUACUAGGUACACCUAAUGCAGGAACGGAACAGAAUAAUGCAGGAACGGAACAGAAUAAUGCAGGGAAUGGAAGUGAUUGAUAAACACAUGUCAUCUACUGCGCAAGAGCUUCGACAAUGUACAGUCGUAC